AUGGACGGAACGUACGGAGUAACAACUGUUGGAUUUUCGCUUUUUCAUCUACUAUGCGAAGAAAACAAAAGGGAAAGUCAGCCAACAACUCAGUACUUUACGAAGACUGAAACAAGGGAAGAUAUUUCAGAAUUUCUCUGUUUGUUUAGCGAGAACAACGAUGUGAGCGUCACUAAAGUUAAAAUUACUGACAAGGGUUGCAACGAAAUUGCUGCUCUCGAAAAAUAUUUUCCUGGCACAGAACACAUCCUCUGUCUCUUCCAUGUUUUCAAAGCGGUGGAUUCACGAUUAAACCAAAAAGUCGGUGACAAAGCAUUAACGCAGACUUGUAAGGAGGACAUUCGCGAGCGCUUUCGCAAUGCCGCCUAUGAAGAAACUGCUGCAGAUUUGAAAUUGAAAAAACGCGAUGGGCAAGGAAGUCUUGCCGCCUACUUCCGUGACAAUUGGUUCACCAUCGAAUCCAAGUGGACGAAACUUGGCCGCCGUCACCUGCCCACAUUUGGAAAUGGCACCAAAAACCUACAAAAAAGAAGCCUAUACUGA